CCGGGGACGGCAGCGGCGGCUGCGGCGGGGCCAGCAGCGGGAGGCAGCAUGAGGGAGCCUCUCGGGCCUGCUGACUUAAGGAAUGCUGGGGGAAGCUUACUCACAAAAUCCAGCCUAAAAGGAAAGGUGACGGAUCCUGCCCGAGAGAGGUUUCCAAUGGCUGAGCUUUGACAGACACCAGUGCACCAUGUACAGUGUGGAGGAUCUCCUAAUUUCACAUGGAUACAAAUUAUCUCGCAAUCCUCCAGCACCCCAUGAGGAUAGAUAUGAUGGAUAUCAGCAGGAGAGUUCAGAGAGUAGAGCUGGUCAUGGCGCGCUGAAUGGGUAUGAAGCAGACCCUACAGCCUUUGCUUAUAAUAAGAAAUCGCUGGGAAAAGGCUAUUUGAGUGACAAUGAGAACAGUGGAACAGUACCGGGGAGCCACAGAGAUCCCCCAAGUUCAUCUGCUUUCCGUCAUUCUGAGGAGGGGUUUUAUAACCAGCCACCAUUAGUGCGGUCUACCCAAACUAAGCCAGAUCUUGCCUACUGGAGAAGAAAAGGACAGGACUUCAGUGUAUUGCUGGAUUAUACAGACAGAGGAAGCCUUGAAACCCCCAGAAUGGCAGAGCCCCAUGGUAUGACCCGAAAUGUGAGAGAGGGUCAGUUGGAAGUAGGAUCGAGGUUGGAAAACACAAUGAGGAGAGCAGUUUUAGAAGACAGCUGGAAAGUAUCCGGAGAUCCCAAGUGGCAGAAUACAAAUCUUGAGAGCUGGAACCAGCCUAGGAGACUGGGGAGGCAGAUGUCUGAUGGAGAUGGAGAGAAGCUGUUGCAAGAUCUGUACUCAUUUACUAAAGGAGACAAUACAUUUAAUUCCCAAAACAAGGGAAAGUCCCAGUCAUUGCCUAGAGUUCUUUCCCCCGACACCCUAAGAUGUGUGGAAAUGCCCACUCUGGUAAAUGAUUACCAUUUCCCAGGGGAUGCUAAAAUGCUAUUUUAUCCUACAAAUAGUACAUCAAACUUGGAGUACCUAAGAAACCCUGAAAAGGGUGAUCCCUAUAUUCCUUUACAAAAGCCCAAGUAUGGGAGACCCCUAAAACCGCCAUCUUAUGAACUCCACCGACAAACUCGAAGUGGAGUAGAAACCAGCAGGUAUCAGGAUAACUACCAGAAAGACUGUAUUUCUUUUCUGCCCAAAACUAAUGAGCCCAGGCAGGACCCUUCUAACCCAGACCCAAAUUUGGAGCCUCCCAUGUAUGUCCCACCACCAUCUUACAGAUCACCACCCCACCAGAACACAAAUCCACAUUCCCUAAAUGAAGUGCCUCAUUUCCAGCACAGUGGUCACAUGCAGCAGCAGCAGCUGAUGGAGAAGCCCAUUGCUGGCCACUACUCUUCAUCCAACUCCUACAGGUCUGGGAAUCAACAUGGUGCAAGUGUAUGUCUCCCCCAUGGGUUUCCCGGACACCACCAGUACAUGGAUGCUUGUGACAGCUCAGUUCAAUAUAUUCCCUUCAGCGACCCACGAAUCCGACACAUCAAAAUGACCCAUCAUCAGGACCUCAGCCAGGAAACCAAAUUCCUUGAAAAGCUAUAUACCGCAGGCCCCUCUGGUUUCCAAGGACCAGCUCGGGUUCAAGCACAAGAUGAUGGUGCCUUUUUUCAUCCUGAAAACCAAGUCCCAGCAACCAAAAGUGAGAGUGAUCCUGCCACUUAUGAACCUCGCCUUGGGUGGCUCCCGGCAGCACCCCUCCUAGACAGAGAAAUCUGUGCCUUGCCUGACCAAAGAGACAAUUGUGUUUUAAGUGAACAGCAGCCCGAUAAGGAAAACAGCCGUCAGCAGUGUGCUAAAGGGAGGGUUUCUUCCCAAAUCCCACAGUGGGAGAGUACCUGUGAAACCAUAACUAAGCUCAAAACAUUUCAAACUGGGAUUCAGACCAAGAAAAGUUCAAAGAAAAAAGUGAAUGAGACUGUAUUUUGCUUGGUUUCUGUCCCAGUUAAAUCCGAGCCACAUCUGCCAGAUACAGAUAGGAAUAACAAUGAUUUAAAACAGAGUGCUGAUAAAAAGAAUAGCAAUGAUAAGAGAGGGGCUUUGCGAGAACAAAGUCUCUUGAGCAUGUCUUCCACAGACCUGGAGCUACAGGCACUUACAGGAAGUAUGGCCAGUAAACCUGAGCUACAAAAACAAGAACCCGGAGGGCCAAAACAGUACAAACAAACAAAUGACCUCAGAUUUAGUCACCCCACAAAACACAGGGAACUCAAAUAUUCUGGCUCUUGGCCAGGUGACCAGUACAGAGACCAGCAAACACAGACCACUGUCACCCAAGAAUCCCAAACCUUCCAAUUUCUUCCUGCUAAAAAGAUAGAGGGCCAACACAGUGCACUACCCGUUCCAAAAGUAUCAGACCCCUCUGCCUCUGAAACUCUGAAGCCAUCAGCAUCACCUCCUAGUGACUGGAAGUUGAGGCCAGAUACUGGGAAUCUGAAAGGUCAGAUGUACUUCAGUCCAUCCAGCAAUAGUGCUUUCUCAAAGGCUACUUCUUCCACUAUUCAGGGGCCUACAUCAAAAGCAGGCCAAAGCCAGCCUGAUGACCCCUCUGUUGAUGUAAACGAGAGGGACACUAAGCCAGUAUUCAAAGGUCAAGUAGUGAAGGGUGAGGCAAGUGCCCCUUGCAACAGUAAAGCACUCUUUGGUCAGUUUCUCUUAAAACCAGUUAGCCGUCGUCCCUGGGAUGUAAUAAGUCAGUUAGAAAGUUUUAACAAGGAGCUUCAAGAACAGGAAGAAAGCAGCAGCCAUAGCAGCAGCAGCAACAGUAGCAGCAGCAGCAGCAGCAGCAGUAUUGAUGGAGAAAUUACAGAAAGUGAGCAACAGAUGCAGGGGGUUGUUGAUAUUGAUGCUGAUGCUGGUGCUGGUGCUGGGCUAAAGGACUAUAAGCCUGAUGAGCCCAGCCAGGAAAUGAGAGUUGGGCUACAGCCAAGGACAGCAAUACCAGAGGUUCCUGUAUUUAAAUCAGAAAGAGUUAAAAGUGUGGAGCUGACAUCUGAUUUCAUAUACAAUUAUCCUCAACCACGGAUAUCCUUCCAGAAGAGAAAUAGCAAAGGUGAAUCUGUCAAGCCCCCAGAUGAAAGUGCCAUUCCAGAAACAAGAAACCAGGAAACGGAGACCAGAGUAAACAAACUGGCCACCAGCCCAGACUCGGCGAAAAGAAUGACGUCGAUUAGUUUGGUGAAGACAAUUCCAAGCCCCUUGAGCUACCCAGCUGACAUAAGAGAGACCCAAGAAAACAGGCAAUAUGGCGAUGUAUUCAAUUCUGCACCACCAAGUCAAACGAUUCAUCCCAGGAGUGACGGAGCUGAAGAGAGGGAGUCAGGGGUACACAUUUCUUUAGUGAACAAAACCCAAGGUCUGUCUGAACUCGAAGUAAAGUUUGUGGGGCUUGAUACAGGUCUAGAGCAUAGUGCCAACAAGUCAGGUGACAUGUUAGAAAAACCAGGUGCAAUAGAAAUCCCUCCUAAUGAACCCCUUCAAACAAGGGCAGCCCGGAUUCUGGGCAUAGAAGUAGCUGUGGAGUCCCUCAUCCAUGGUAACAAGGAAAGGGGGCCAAACCAUCUUCCCAGUCCUGCUCAAAGUGUUCCCAAGGCUGAUUUGCCAGCAACAAAAACGUUAUGCAAUUUGGUGCAAUCAAAUGACCCUGACCCCAUAUCGUCAAAAAGUGCUUUUGAUAGCCGGAGAAAGUGUGGCUGGACCGAAAGCCCUCUCUUUGUAGGGGAGAGAGACACACAUUUGAAGACACAUGUAAUUCCCCAAGAUUCUGAACUGAACCCAGAUGUGGAUGGAGAUGACACCACGAAUGCUUUGGUCCCUGAAUCUGAACCCAAAUCACCUUCCAAGCUCUGUGGUCAAAAGGACCUCAGGACAAACCAAUCCUACAAGUCAACUUUGUUUCAUUAUCUGGAAAGAAACUCCACUGGGGUGGGCUCAGAAAGGAAAUUCAGAAGCACCUCCAAGGUGAUUGAAACCAUACAAGAGAAAUUAGUCAGCCCUCCAACCAAAACAGCUGUGGAUCGGUUAAUGAGAAUGAAGGAAGUUGAUUCCAUCUCUCGAAUUAGACGUCUCAGUUCCAGGAGCACUGAUUCUGGGGAGGAAACAGAGGAAGAGAAAAUUCAGAGAAGACUGGAAGGACAGUCAAGGGUUGGCUUUGGCUCUUUGAAUGGCAGUGACCUGGGACACAAAGUGGAGGAUGCUGGAGCUGUGUCCAAGCACAUCACAUCCCAGGGAGAAAAUGGGCAUCGGACAAUACGUAGUGUAAAGAAGAAUGCAGAGCAAGAUCUUUUUUGCCUAGAUACAUACGAUCCUAGCCGAGUUGAAAGAGUCUGAUAUGAAUGAUGUGCAAAUCUUGGAACACUCCAGCCUGCUAAUUAAGUAUUCUCUGAUUUGGGGCUGACAGCCUGCCUGCCCCAGGUGUUUGCUUAGAAAUCAUCACUAGUUUUUGGUAUAUCGAUAAAGCCUUUACCACUGCCCAUAGAAAUGAAUCAUUCUUCCAGAGCUAUUUUGUGGAGAUAAUGAAAAUCUUGCCCUUUGAAGCCACACCUGUUUUCUGUAGCAGUUCUAAUUAAACUGUGCCUACCUUUCUCAAGGUUUUUUCACAUUGAUGGAGGCAGCUAGGGUGUAAAUGAGAUGAAGCUAGGUAUUUCGUCUAGUCCUUCAGUGUCAAAGGUCAGACACGGGAAUACUCUGAAAAUGAUUUGAAAAAGAAUGUGAAUGUGUUAGCUCCCUUUCUGGAUCUGUAAAGCCCAGGUUUUUGUGUUUAUAGGAUAGAAUCUUGGAGAUACACUCUUUCUGAGAGUCCUUCUGCACCUUCUGAGAGUUGUGGGGAAAUGGGGAAUGAACAUAAGGUUUUAAAAAAAAUCAAUUUGGCCACCUACUAUUAAAAGGAAUUUGCUUUAAUUACAUAAGUAAACUCGCCACAUUUAGAGAAUAAAAGCAAUCUCUUAUAAGGUCCUAAGGGGUAAGGACUUGUGCCAUAAUGAACUAAGAAUAUUAUUUAUGGAGCAACUAAAUAUUUUGGUCAGUUGCAAACAAAAUACCAUUGUGUGUUUUGCACUCAGUAUUAUCUACUUUUAUUUUCUGUAUUGAUAUUUAGAAAUUCUUUUAUAUGAAAAAAAUCGCUGAUUUAAAAUAGCCCAUUUUAACAAAGUAACUAUAUUUCUUUUUAGAAGAACACUAUUUUUCUAUGAUGUAAACUAUUGUUUGGUGGCAGAUUUUUAAAGAAGUAUUAUAUUUAAAAGAAUCUGUAUCCCUUUGUGUGAAGGGAACCCUGAGGAGGGUUCAGUUUGAUGUUUUAAUGUAUAUGUUAUAUCUCUUAGUCGUAUACAAUGCUGCCACUUGGAUUUUGUUGUGAAAAGAGAUGUCUAUAUAUAUAAAAAUAUUAUGGGGUUAAUUAACUCUUUUUAAAAAUGAAUUUUUCACAAAGAUUUUUCACAAACAUAGCUGAUGGGGUAUUUUUGAAAGUCAUCCCUUUCAGGGUGCAGCUGAAAUCCUCCAAGUAUAACCAGUGCCAGAUUAACUAGAAUUACCAAAAAGUGGUUUCAUAUUGUGUCUGAUUGUACAGCCCUGAAAUACAUCUUCUCCAAUCUACCCAACACUUCCCUCUUCCCUAACCACCAUACAUGUACAUGUGUACACUCUCAUGUGCACAAGAGAGUGCACACACACCCACACCCACAGACACUGUUAUGCAUUUUACCUGGAAUGGUUCUGAAUUAGUCUCUGUAUUAAAAAUAUUGCUUUGAGACAUUAAAUAUGUUGCAUUUCAAAAGAAUAUUUUGAGGCCUGUACAUUCUGCUGUGUUUAAUAUUGCAUUAACCUGCACAAACUUUAUUUAUGAAUUUUUUAUGUGUUUCUGUCCACUCUCUUUGUAAGAUAUUUUCAUUUGCUAACAUUCAUUUGAAGCUCCUUUGCUUCCAACCACCCCUUCUUCCUUGCAGGAAAGUUGUCUCCUACAUUGUCCUUUCUCAAAAAGCUCCCUGAUCUAUUUUUAUUCAUCUCAACUUCCUGAAAUGAUCAUUUUUGGGUGGUCUGUAAUUUGGCCCCAAAAACAACCCUUGUGGUGCUUAGGCAACUGCUUUUAUACCCCCAUAAUAUGAUUUUUUUUUUUUUACAGAAGAGCUUUAUAUACUUAGUCUAUCAUAAACAAAAUAAGAUUCAUGUAAAUCAUUCUUUAAAAUCCCCUCAGAUAUACUAAUGAACAAUCUUGGCAUAUAUUUUAUUAUUCAUUUUAAGUUUUGGCUUUUCCAGCUGGAAAGUUACAAGAAGAUAUAGCAUUCAUAUCAAUAGGAACCAGGGCCAACUCACUACUUGGAAUGGCCAUGGAAUGACUCUUUCUGGGAAAGACUUUAGUGUGGAAUGGUUCACUCAAAAAACUUUGGUCAUUGAUUAACCACUUAGGUUAGUGUUGGGUCAACUGGCUUGAAACUGAACCACCUGACGAGCCUAUUUGGAAUCGGUGUCCUUUUCACAUUUAGAAAGUGGGAAGAAUCUUCUUUUUUUCUCCAAAAACUAACCCUGUCCCUUCUAAAACUAUCAAAUUAUUGCCUAAAGGUAUUCAAAUUAGAAAUGUCAUCCUAGAAAUGAUUGGAAAGAAGAAAAACUGAGCUUUAUUCUUACUCCAGAUUCUUCCUAAUGGCCACAGUGGGAAAAAGAAAAUGGAAACACAAGAGAAAGCAGGAAAAGGGAAACAAAAUGUCUCAUUUCAUUAUGGUUGAUAGAUAAUUUGGGAAAUAUAGAGGAUCAUGACUUUGAGACUUCCAUUAGUCUCAGGUAACUGACAAAUAUAUCAUCCCCAAAUAUGGCUUAUUUGAAGAUUUGAAGCCAAUAACAUCAAUAAACCAUGACAGUUUUCUCUUCAUUAAAUGGCACAUAAUUGAUUAAUUGGUAGCAAUUAGUUGAUUCAACUACAAUAAACAAUUGUGCUAUUACCUAUUUGCCAAAUUGUUUUCUUGGUAAAUAUGGCUGUUAACAUGGUCAUGUGUAUCAAGAGUUUGGGGACUUAAAAGAUUAAAAUUUAGUUCUGACCAAUGUUAAACUAGAAAUUUAUAGAAAAAUCAUAUGUAAAGUAGAAGUAAGUGAUAAUUUAAAAAGGAAAGAAAAUAAAUUUAGCUAAUGGCUACUUGGUUCUGAUUUGCCUUGCCUUGUAGCAAACUUUUAAUUGAUUGAAAAUAAUAUGUUUCAACAUUCUUUCCCUGUAUCCUUUGCUAUAUCCACAACCUGUCCUAGAGUACCAACCAAAUGUGUAAAGGUUUCCCUCUGGAAAGCCUUUAGUUUCCACCACUACCACCACAUGUUGUGCUCAACUUUUCCGGCCCAGUGGAUUUUUUGAGACUCUUCCUUUUAGCAUUAUUGGGUGUAUUGGCCAAUUUGGUUAAGGUAGGUAUCAUUAGUGGGAGUUGUACUAUUCCAUUAUGGAAUAGGAGGGAAGUCUCAUACUGAUCAAAUCCUUAACAGGGCUUUAAUGUUUGGGGACCAAUUUUUUUUUUUAUUGGUCAAUGGUCACAAUUAUUUAAAAUCACCGUGAUGAUACAAACUAUUCCAAAUCCAUGGGACACACUUUGACCUAUAGAAUAACCUAUCCCAUGAUCUGGGAUGCAUUUCAAUGACACCCACCACAAAUUCAAGUGGCUCACCAAUGAGGUAGGUUGAAAUGACCCUCAUUACUUUUGGAGAGCAAAACAGUGACUUUUCCCAGCAACUGCUUAUCAUAGAAUUUCUACUGCUAGGACGCUAGCAGCAGAGUAGGGGAUACUAAUGACUGUGUCAAGAAAACCAGGUCCUGAUUCAUAUCAGAAAAAGUAACUGGAAGGAACCCAGGCUUAAUCCAGCAACUUUCAAAGAGUGUAUUUGUGAUUGUUGGCCAUCUUUGCUAAAAGUUACUAAGUAAUGCAGAAUUAAGUGUCAAGGUUAACAUUCUUGGAAAGUGAUAAGUGCCACAAGAUUAUAGUUAUAUACAUAUUUGACCUUGAGGAGGAGAUACUUCUGCUGUCCUAAGUUUUUGUAAGCAAAGACUUUCCUAUUUGGGGCCAUUGUUCUGCUUAAAACAGGGACUGCCUGAUCCAUCUGUGUUUGGAGACAGGAUUUAAGAAGUGGGGGUGGGAUGGGGCUAAGCUAUUGCUGCAGUGAGGACUUUUUGUAUCUUUUUUUUUUCACUCAAGUUAUAGAUUUUGUGCAUAUGUUUAUGGGAGUAGAGUUGCUACUCUAAACUGGGUCUAGGAAAAACAUUCCAAACGACCUUUAAGAGUCUGCACAGUGGGAGGUCUCCCCAAAGAGUGGGAUGUUUCCCUCUGGCCAGCUCUGACCAGACUAAGAAUAGGGAGAUAAUAAAGUAGCAGGAGAAAGAGAGACAAAGAUACACAGAGCGAGAUAGAAAGUGGGAGAGAGAGGGGGGAGAGAGAGAGAGAGAGAG